UUAUCAACAGCAACCUCCUCAACCUCAGCCCUACCAACAGCAACCUCCUCAACCACGACCAUAUCAACCGCCUCAACAGCAACCUUAUCAACAGCAACCUCCUCAACUACGACCACAAAAUUAUAAUAAUAACGUGCAAUCCAAUCCAAUGGCACAACAGCAGAAUCACACUUUGCAUAGUAUUCCUAGUGUGCAAAAUCAAGUCCUUCAGCAUCAUUCUAAUCAAUAUCAUCCUGGAAUACAAAAUCAACCAGGACUACAAAGAAAUAAUACAAUGCGACAACAGCAGUAUUCACCUCAACAAAAUUUUCCUGGACAGAAUCCAAAAUCUAAUACUUAUAUCCCAAAUCAACCUCCUUCACAACCAUUUAAUAAUUCAUAUCCUCAUCAUCCCCCUCAACGUCCGGUGGUUCAUCCAUCACAAAAUCCAUAUAAAUGCACAUGUGCAGAUAUAAUGACAAAGUACGUUGAGGAAUUCCAAACCACACGUGGUUAUGAAAUGCCAGGUGAAUGUCAUGCAGGAUACCAUGCCGGUAUGGGAGAUGUUGUAGGAUUAAGAUGGCAUUUAUGUCAUGACAGAAGAGUUGACGGAAAUUAUAAGUUUGUUGAUAUGUCAGAUAAGCUGGUAUUAAUUGCAGCAAGAUACUGCGGAAGAAAGUAUCUAAAUAUUAUGUUUCAAUGUCUUAAAGAAUAUGGAGCAAGUUUUGAAGUUACAACAAAAAAAAAAGGACAAACAGCAUUUCAUUUAUUAUUCUUUAAUAAAGUACUUAGUAACAAAAUCACUUACUCCGAUGAUAAACUUAAUAAAUAUCACAAGGUAUAUUUUCAUGCAAUUAAAUUUCUGAAAGAAGUGGGAUGUAAUAUUAAUGCAAAAGAUGAAGAUGGAAUGACGGUUUUAUCAUAUUUUCUUGGUGAAAAGUUUUUACAUGCACAAAGAACUCCAAUUAUACAAACAUUAUUAGACAAUGGCGCGGAUCCAAAUAUGCCUGUUAACAUAAAAGAUUGGGGAGAAUUUGAUGCAAAAACAUCUUUAUUACAAGCAGUAAGAAAUAAAUGGCCAACUACAGUGUUAGAAUUAAUUGUUAAACAUGGUGUAGAUGUUAAAGCCAUUAACAAUGAAGGUAUGAAUGCAUUAGCUAUAGCUACUCAACAUAAGGACAUGACUACAAUGACUUGGAUGUUAGAUAAUAUUAGUAUAAUAAGUGAUAGUGAUAGUAUUAAAAUUGCUAAAAAGUUUGCUGGGAAUUUUACUACUAAAGAAUCUCAAUUGUUAAGUAAGAAAAGAAACAAAGUAUUACCUAAUGAUUUGUCUUCUUUCUCUUCUACAAGUUCUUCAACUAGUAAUGUUAAUGGUAAUACAUCAAAGAAAAAAUAAAACUAUAAUAAGAGAGAUUCAGUAACAAGAUUUAAUAAUA